AUGGCCACGUCCUCUGUUGGCACCCUAGGUGCCUCACUCGUGGGCUGCUCUGUGCUACCGCCCAUGGCCGGCACCGCGUCAUCACCGCCAAACUUGGGCAUGUGUGCGGGCGUCCCGUCCAGUGUGUCGUCUGUCGCUGCAACAUCUCCCGGCUCCGUCGCAUCUACAACCUCACCAGCGUCUGUUUCUUCGGUGCUCGAUACGCCCACGGCCGGCAACUCUUCUACCGCACAAAUUACCAACAACAGCAGCAACAACAACCUCACAAACAACGCCGACAGUUCUGGCCAAGUGCCGGGCACGACACCCGGCAGCACGACACUGUCGGCCAAGGAGAUCGAGCUGCAGCGCAAGCGGGCGCGCGACCGCAAGUCUCAGCAGGCGAUGCGCGACCGGACGAAGUGGACCAUCUUUAACCUCAACGAGCAGGUCGCCUACUUGACCCAGAUGCUCAGCGACCGCGCCCGCGAUGUCCACCUGCUCAACUCGCGCCUGCGCAUGCUCGAGACCGAAAACUCGCAGCUGCGCGCCCAGAACGCCGCCCUACAGCUCAGCCUGAUGGGCUCACAACCGCAGAGUGUUGACCUGACCAACGAUGCGGCUGCCGCAGCUGCUGCAGCCUCGGCAUUGGCAGGCGGUGCGCCGGGCACGUCAAGCUCUAUUGGCAGCUGCGUGUCGCCACCGGACGACACGACGUCCGCGUCAGGACAGUCAGGGGCGGUCACGGCCGCGCUGCCCGAGGUCGUCAAGAAGCCAUGGGAGAUCCCGCCGGCCGACGGCCCGCCCACGUGCCUCAGCGACCAGAUCCUGCAAGGGUUUAUCACGUCCAAGGUGCACCAGCGGUCGGUGAACGGCGCCCUGGCCUUUGGGUUGAAGCCCAACUUGUGCUCCCUGCUCGAAAAGGACAGGCGCACCUGCGAUGCCAUCAGCGACAUUGUCGGCGACAUUGUGCGCAGCUACUUUGAGAUUGACACGCUGCCUAAACAAGUAGCCGUCUUCUACAUUAUGUGUUCCCUCCUCAAGUGGCUGGUGCUGCUGGACAAACCGAGUUGGGACCUCUUGCCGGCCUGGCUCCGCCCAACACGCACCCAAAUCUCCACGCCCCACGCCGCCUGGAUCGACCGCAUCCCGUGGCCCGCCGUGCGCAACUACCUGAUUUCCCACCCGGAAAUUACACUGGACCAUUUCGCUGCUGUCUACAGCACCAGCUUUAGCAUCCGCUGGCCGUACGACCCGACACAUGUGCUGCUCAAAGCGGUGGCGCCGGACACGGACGUUACAAUCAACCCCGUCUACGAGGAGCACAUCCGGCAGCUUCGCAACUGGGAAGUCGGCAAGGCAUUCCGGGACCGCUAUCCGGACAUUGGCAACCUAAUCGACCGUGAUGCCCUUGGCCAAAACGAGCCAAUGGCAUGA